AUGCCGACGAAGGCAAAGAAAAAUGGAGGCAAGAAAAUGCCGGAGGCCGAAAGUCCUGCAAGGGCAACAGCGCUUGCACCGGAUGAGAAACAGCAGCUGCAGAUUGCUGCCAAGGAGACAUACUUAAAGGGCCGUGCCCAGAGCACGCUGAAAGUUGCGACACACAACAAAAGCAAGAUUGUUGUAAAGUGGCUCCCUGUAAUGAGAGGAAUGAAGCUUCAAGAAAUACGGAAAGACGUCGACGACUACAUCGCGAACCGCGAGGUCCACGCAGAACGCACAGAUGCCCGGCUGGAAAUGAAAGACCUCGAUUUGGACGAUGCGGAAGAACACCAGAAUAUGAUUGUUUCUUCUCACAACGUUAAUAUUAAGAAACUGAUCGAGUUGCAGUCGGCACGAAUGGAAAAUUUGGAACAGAAAUUCAGGGAGCAUCUCUCUUUCCUUCAGCAGCAAUUUCAGGAAGACAUCGGAAACAUCACUCAAGUCCACAACUCGUUCAAGCAAGAACUGGAAUUGAUUGUGCAGCAGGUCGAGAAGGAAGAGACACUGCGGGCUAACGAGGAAACGACAGAACACAACACGCAGUAUGAGUUGAUUCGCAACAGAAACAUCGAGGCAGACCAUCAGGUGAAAUCGGCGUUAGAUGAACAGAUCGACAGUCUCAAGGAACGCUGCGAUACAGCUCUCCAGAACUACCGAUCCAGCACUGACGCAAAUGCCCACGAGUACAGAAAACUCCUGCAGCAGGAUGUAACUCUUUCAAAACAAGUGGACAUCAAACUGAAGCAGGUCGAGAAGUUGCAAGCGGCUAUCGCACAUUGGAAGGCGAAACUUGCCCAGAAUAGACAGGUGAAAAACCACGCAAAUGACUUGGGGUCGGGCAUCAUCCAGAUGGGACCACUGAAACGAGUUGUGGACUGA